AUGGCCAGGGCGACUCGUUCUGGUCGUGUCCGCAGUGCGGCCAUCAAUACAACCUCGCUCGAACACGAAUUGUGGGACUUUCUACAUCUCCAUGCAAGGGCCCUUGUGACGACAACUUUGGUCCUCUUCUUCACCCUCGUCUUUGCCUCUUCAUUCGUCGUGUCCUUCUUCCUCCCAGAACUUGCAGAUCCUUCUAUUGUCGUCCCUCAACCUGAACCAGACGUUAUAGGAUGGUACAGCCCGAUCAAUAUCGCGUCCGAGCUCAUCCAAGAUACUGUCCGUGCAUUCGCCGACGUCAGCACGCCGCAGAGCGUACUCGAAGCGCAUAAGAGAGAUAUGCUGCGGAACGUCGAGGACCCGAGUAUAUGGGGAAUGUUCAAGCGUCGGGUACCAGUCUCGUUCUUUCAAAAGGACAAGCGUGCGCGAGCGCCGCGGGUGAGGAGGAGAGACCCGAGAACACCCUAUUCUCCGUCGGAAGAAGGCCCACAGAUCACGAUAUGGGCCCGCCUGCUCAGAAAGUUUAUGCUGGGUCUGUCGCUUGUUGGCAUCAUUUCGUUUCUAAAUCUCCUCUUUACACUGUCGCUGUUCGGCCCGCUACAAAUAGUUAGGGCCCGGUGGACGCGCGGUGGGCGUCGUGAACCGGCAAACAUUCGAGACAUUGGAACAAUCUUAAUUGUCAUUUUCGUCCUGAUCGGAGUGGCACGUGCACUUUAUGGGGUAUACUUUGGGACGAAGAAGCUGGCCAAAUUUGUGUUGCUCAAAGCGGAGAAUGCAAUAUUGGAAGUGCAAGAUGAUUCUGACGACGACGAAGAGGUUGAAGAGCCCACAACGAAACGAGAACCAGAGACUGCGACAGACGAGACUGGUGAACAGAUCAACGUCGAAACGCAUGCGGUGGCUCAGGGGUCGUCUGAACAGGGUCGGGCCACCAGACGACCCAACGCGAUUAAGAUUAACGAUGCACGGGCUCGUCAUGCAGAAGAUGACUUUGGCGAUGAGCUGCCGACGACGCCUGGGGGAUGGAACGAGGAGUGGCUAUAG